GCUGCUACUGGGGGUUCAACAAUAGCUCAGUCCUACUGCCCCAGAGACCACAGCCGAGCAGAGUAGAGCACAGAUAAGCAGAGAGAGACCAUGUUGGGAUAGGAUCUAGUCUGUUACAAGAUUACUCUGAGGCCCAGAGCAGAGCAGAACAGAGUAGAACAGACUAGAACAGACUAGAGCAGAACAGAGUAGAACAGACUAGAGAAGAGCAGAGUAGAACAGGGAAGAGAACAGAGCAGGUUAGAGGACUCCAACUGCCGUUUGGUUGACAAAACAACCCAGGUUAUAAAGAUAUAAACAGUCAUAGAAAAUAUAAACCGUCAUAUUAUUUCACAGAUGUUUUAUUUGAAGGUACACCCUCUUCUGGUUGGGAUUCUGGUUGUUUUAGCAGGUUCAGCCAGGUGUUCAGAAGAUGAGACACGUCUGGUUAAAACUCUGUUCACCGGCUAUAACAAGGUGGUCCGCCCUGUCAAUCACUUCAGAGAUCCGGUGGUGGUGACCGUAGGCUUGCAGCUCAUCCAGCUCAUUAGUGUGGAUGAAGUCAAUCAAAUUGUGACCAGUAAUGUGCGUCUGAAACAGAUAUGGGAGGACGUGAAUCUGAAGUGGAACCCUGAUGAUUAUAAUGGAAUUAAGAAGAUCAGAAUCCCUUCUACAGACAUCUGGCGUCCUGACCUCGUGCUCUAUAACAAUGCAGAUGGAGACUUUGCAAUCGUCCAUGAGACCAAGGUGCUGCUGGAGCACACAGGUCUGAUCACCUGGAACCCUCCGGCCAUCUUUAAGAGCUACUGUGAGAUCAUUGUGCUUCACUUCCCCUUCGACCUGCAGAACUGCAGUAUGAAGCUGGGGACUUGGACCUACGACGGCAACCUGGUAGUGGUCAACCCGGACAACGACCGGCCUGACCUGAGUAACUUCAUGGAGAGUGGUGAGUGGGUGAUGCAGGACUAUAGGAGCUGGAAGCACUGGGUGUACUACGCCUGCUGCCCUGACACGCCCUACCUGGAUAUCACGUACCACUUCCUGAUGCUGAGGCUGCCUCUCUACUUCAUCGUCAACGUCAUCAUCCCCUGUAUGCUGUUCUCCUUCCUGACUGGACUGGUCUUCUACCUUCCCACUGACUCUGGUGAGAAGAUGACCCUGUCUAUCUCUGUCCUGCUGUCUCUGACUGUGUUUCUGCUGGUCAUCGUGGAGCUCAUCCCCUCCACCUCCAGUGCGGUGCCUCUCAUUGGGAAGUACAUGCUCUUCACCAUGGUCUUCGUCAUAGCCUCCAUCGUCAUCACCGUCAUCGUCAUCAACACACACCACCGCUCUCCCAGUACACACACAAUGCCCCAGUGGGUCCGCAAGAUUUUCAUCGACACCAUCCCCAAUUUCAUGUUCUUCUCGACUAUGAAGCGUCCAUCCAGGGACAGGCAGGAGAAGAGGAUCCACCCGGCUGACUUUGACAUCUCCGACAUCUCGGGCAAGCCUGCCCCUGCCUCUGUCACCUUCCAGUCCCCCAUCACCAAGAACCCGGACGUCCGCAGCGCCAUCGAGGGGGUCAAGUACAUCGCAGAGACCAUGAAGUCUGAUGAAGAGUCCAACAAUGCUGCUGAGGAGUGGAAGUUUGUAGCCAUGGUCCUGGAUCACAUCUUGCUGUGUGUGUUCAUGGCUGUGUGUAUCAUCGGCACCAUGGGAGUGUUCGCUGGACGCCUCAUUGAGCUGAGCAUGCAGGGCUAAAGGAGAGGCCUAGCCGGAGUCAUCGUGCUCUGGCCACACCCUGGUUCUCCCGCUCGCUCUGACACCUGUCUGCUGUGCCUCUACCCCGACUCAUCUGGAAAUGACAAUCAAUCGAUUGAUUGGAUCGUUGAUUGAAUGUAACUGGUCCAGUGAGGUAUUGUUAUUGUUAGCUUCUUUUGUGCAUGUAGAUUACAGUUGAAAAUAUGGACAUUCACGGCACUCGCUGUUCCGCUGUCUGUGACUUGAUGGAUGGUGUUUAAGCAACGAUGGUUAACCUCCCUAACGAGGUGAUUCCUUUAUUUCUAACCAUCCUUCCUCACGUGGAACGAAGGAUGCAGAGUAUGUUGGUUUAACAAACUCUGCAUAAUGGCUCUGAUUGGGAGCACUCUGGGACUCUUAUGGCACUGUGGAUGAGGAAGGUCACAUUAUGGCACUGUGGAUGAGGGAGGUCACAUUAUGGCACUGUGGAUGAGGGAGGUCACAUUAUGGUACUGUGGAUGAGGGAGGUCACAUUAUGGUACUGUGGAUGAGGGAGGUCACAUUAUGGCACUGUGGAUGAGGGAGGUCACAUUUUUAUUCUUUAUUUGUUUUAUUUUACCUUUAUUUAACUAGGCAAGUCAGUUAAGAACAAGUUCUUAUUUUCAAUGACGGUCUAGGAACAGUGGGGAUUUGAACUUGCAACCUUUCGGUUACUAGUCCAACGCUCUAACCACUAGGCUACCCUGCCACCACAUUAUGGCACUGUGGAUGGGGGAGGUCACAUUAUGGCACUGUGGAUGAGGGAAGUCACAUUAUGGCACUGUGGAUGAGGGAGGUCACAUUAUGGCACUGUGGAUGAGGGAGGUCACAUUAUGGCACUGUGGAUGAGGGAGGUCACACUAUGGCACUGUGGAUGAGGGAAGUCACAUUAUGGCACUGUGGAUGAGGGAAGUCACAUUAUGGCACUGUGGAUGAGGGAGGUCACACUAUGGCACUGUGGAUGAGGGAGGUCACAUUAUGGCACUGUGAAUGAGGGAAGUCACAUUAUGGCACUGUGGAUGAGGGAGGUCACACUAUGGCACUGUGGAUGAGGGAGGUCAACGUUGAUUUAGAAGUGGUCCAGUCUUGUGGAUGGGCUGUUGCUUAUUCAAUAAAGAUGACAGUGCAGGGGCUGCUGGGAAACAUGAUGUUUUAUCUUGUCCGAUGUUAGGGUUUUCUCUCCUCCUUCUGCCAAAUGUCAUCAUGGUUCUAUUUUUAGAUUUGGUUAGAUGUAAAAAAUAAAAUCAACUUCCAGAUAAGCCUGUCUCUUUGUAUUGUGUUUUUUACAUUGACAGGGACGGCAUAAACUCUGGUUAGUCAAAUAUUUGUAUAUGUCAUUUUCUCCAUUAAGAAUAUAAACUGUGCGCCUGGGUCCUCUUUCUGUUGAAUAAAUUAUUAAAUUACCUUA